AUGGAUGAUACAAGUGAGAAAGAAGAGUUUUCAGCAGAAAAGAGGAACACUUUGAACUUUGAUCCGGUUAACAAUCAGCCUGUAGAUUGGAGAGUUUCUGGAUCUUCUAAUCCGGUCUCUGAUUCAUCAUACCCUACAGAGAAUCUGAUCUCAGCUUGUCCUUCGUCUUGUUCACCGUCUCAGAUGAUGGAAUCAUUUGGGCAAACUCUUUGGUAUGAUCCUCAAGCUGUAGGGUAUGGUGGUUUCAGUGGUGGUAAUGCUUCUUCUUCCUCCUUUAGGGGUAAUCAUCAUAUUGAUAGAUCUCUUGAAAUGGGUUGGAAUCUGCCUACUCUGUUGCCUCCUAAAGGCAAUGGUCUCUUCUUGCCGAAUCCGAGUAGCUUCUUACCUCCGAGUAUGGCUCAGUUUCCGGCUGAUUCAGGGUUCAUAGAGCGUGCAGCGAGGUUCUCGCUGUUUGGUGAUAUGGUGAAUCAACCGCUUGUGAAUCCGGACUCUAUUGGUUUGUUUCUUCAAGGGCAGUGUCCAAGUAAUGAAGUGAAUAUUGGUGGAGCUCACAAUGAUGCAAUGAAAGAGCCAAAUGUUGGAGGUAGUGAAAAAGCUAAGAAACCGAAUGUUCCUGGAUCAGGGAAUGUAUCGGAGGAUACUCAGUCUAGUGGCGGUAAUGGUCAGAGAGGCGGUGGAGAAACUUCUUCUAAAGGAUUUGAUUCAAAGAAGAGGAAAAGAAAUGGACAGAAAUCUGAAUCACAGAGAUCUCAGCAAUCUGAGGAAGAACCAGAGAACAACAAUGGUGAUAAGAACCAGAGUCCAAAUUCACAGGGGAACAAGACAAACAGUGGGAAACAACAGGGGAAGCAAACGUCUGAUCCAAAAGAUGGAUAUAUUCAUGUGAGGGCACGUAGAGGCCAAGCCACUAAUAGCCACAGUCUUGCAGAAAGAGUGAGGAGAGAAAAAAUCAGUGAGAGGAUGAAGUUUCUCCAAGAUCUUGUACCGGGUUGCAACAAGGUGACAGGGAAAGCAGUUAUGCUUGACGAAAUCAUAAACUAUGUGCAAUCAUUACAACGCCAAGUUGAGUUUUUAUCAAUGAAACUUGCAACUGUGAACCCACAAAUGGACUUUAACCUUGAAGGUCUUCUUGCAAAAGAUGCACUUCAACUGCGAGCUGGUUCUUCAUCUGCAAUACCAUUUCCUCAGAACCUGUCAAUGGUUUAUCCUCCAUUACCACAUGGUUUCAUGCAACAGACCCUUGCCAACAUCGGUAGGACCACUACUAGCUCUCCGUUGUCUCCCAUGAAUGGUGGAUUCAAACGACAGGAAACAAGUGGAUGGGAAGGUGAUCUUCAGAAUGUGAUCCACAUUAACUAUGGAGCUGGUGAUGUCACACCUGAUCCUCAAGCAGCAGAGACAGAAUCUGUUCCAGCUGCAAACAUGAAGGUUGAGCCCUGA